ACUCCAUUUUACACCCAUCCUUCUCGAUCCAGCAACCACUCGAAUACUCCUUCCUCUGCAACGAAGAAACCUCGAACUUGAAGAAAAGCUUGCUUUAAGGCUGUAACAUCACCUUCGCCGCUACCUCGUCGUUUCUCAGUUCGAUACCCCCCCCCCCCCGUGCUCCAAUACUUCUUUUCCAGUUUCGAUAUGGCAUGCUUGAGAGACAACUUUCAGAAUGGCGUGCUCCUCGGUGGUCGGUAUGAGACCAUCUCUCCCCUCAACCACGGCUCCUUUGGCAUGGUCUUCAUGGCCAAGGACAUCAAGACCAGCGAUACUGUUGCCAUCAAAUGCUUGACUAAGAAGGAAGCUGCCGAUGAGUACGGUUUCGACUUUGCCAUUGACGAGAAAUCCGAGGAGCUCGUUCUUCACAGCCGCCUUGGAUCCCACCCCAACAUCGUCAACCUUCUCGACAGCUUCGAAACCGAUGCUCACCUCUACUUGGUUCUGGAGUUCUGCCCCCAGGGUGACUUGUACGAAGCUAUCCGCAAGGGCCACGGCCCUCUCGAGACCGAGCAUGUCCGACAGUUCAUGCUGCAGCUCGUGGAUGCCGUCGACUACAUCCACUCCAAGGGCAUCUUCCACCGGGACAUCAAGCCGGAGAACAUCUUCCUCACCCAGUCUGGUGACAUGAAGCUUGGCGACUUUGGCCUCGCUACAACCGAGAACUGGACCUUGGAGAACACUGUCGGCAGCGACCGUUACAUGUCCCCUGAGCAAUACGACUCUGCGGGUGCCGGUUACUCUCCUGCCCAGGCCGACAUCUGGGCCAUUGGUAUCUGCCUCCUCAACAUCCUUUUCUCGCGGAACCCUUUCACCACCCCGACCGAGGCGGAUCCGCUGUUCUUGGAUUUCUCCAGAGACAAGCAAUCGCUCUUCGACGUAUUCCCCUCCAUGUCGCUGGAUACCUAUGAGGUCAUUGUUCAGUGCAUGAGCUUGGAUCCUAAGAAGAGAUCUCUUGUCGGUGCUCGUUCUGCUCUCCAGCGUGUCAUCAGCUUUACCACCACCGAGGAGGACGACGACGACUUCUGCUCCGCUGAGCGCCAUGUCAUGGCGAGCGCCAACCGCGAGCCUCUUCGCACCCCGUCCAUCCAGAGCCCCCAGGUCGACCAGGGCGCGUUCCCCUGGGCCAAGGCCUUGCACGCCAGCCCUCAGCCGAUUCGCCAGCUCAGCGCCAUCCCCGACGAGGACCUCUUCUCCAAGUCUGGUGAGACCCAGAACUCGGACUGGUUCAGCUCUGCUCAGGCACCUUCGAUUUCGUCAACACUCAACUCGAGCCUCGGCAUUUCCAUGCAGUCUCUUCACAUUGGCCGACCCAUGAAGGCUGCUCCCCGGCCAAUCCCCAAGGUUUCGCCCAUGGCCGGCUCCCUCCCCAUCAACAUGGCCAAGCCUCGCAGCAACCUGUCUUCCAUGUCCUUGGUCUUCGGCCGUAAGGACGCCGUCUCCAAGAGCUGGAGCGACAUGUGGGAUGAGGAUGAGGAAGAAGAGGAGGCUGAGCGUGAGAGAGAAAUGCAGUCUCUCAAGGAUCUCAACUCAAGGACCUGGAGCCAGGAUGGCAAGUCGGACGACAAGGAAGAUGACUGCGAGACGGUGGACGCUACCCCCCUUGCGACCACACCUCAACGCUCCUUCCAUGACAGCCACAAGCUGAUCCACAACGACAUUGACAGCGACCUCGCUGCCGACGGAUUUUUCUUUCAACAGUCGUCUCCGCCCAAGGCGAGGCCCAUGUUGCCCACAUAUCAAUCGUCGCCUCCUAAGAGGGACAACGUUGACAAGUGGGCUGCGCUGGGUCAGCGUCGCCGUGGCCUGACGGGGUCUUCAUAUUCCCACAUGUCACCAGACGUUCCUCGACAACGAGCAAUCGGCUUAGGCUACAAUUCCUAUGCGGCUGGAGCCAACUCGUUUGCGACCGCCGCUUGGGAUCAUGGCGGACACCACAACAACCAGAUACAUCACAUCACACAAAAACAAUCACCGAAGGAUAAGGUCAAGGACUGCCCCUGGAAUAAGGGCAGAGAUUGGAAUUAUUGGCGCAAGGAGAAGCGCAACGAUCUCGCAGACGUCGAGUGGGUUGGUGGCUGGCAGGAAGCGCAUUCCUAGUCGGGUCACCUCUUGUGUUGUGGCAGUAGUCACGACUUGACUGUCGUGAGGUUUCUACUUGGGCAAGACAAAACACCUGUUUGGAUGAAGGAACUCAACUCGCUUUCUGUGUAUUAGAUAUCUCCAGAUUAAUGAACAAUACCAGAAGUUACCCACUCAUAUCAUCGUUUCUUCCCCAUUCACUGGUGACAUGAUUUUCCUUUCGAAGACUAAAACGUUUUCUAACACUUGCCAACCCCUGGAUCAUCGUGAG